CGGCUUCUUGGCUAUGAUUUCACUGCGCUUUGAGGCACUUUGCCCUCGACUUUACCUCUCUUGAUGGCCGCUUCUUUGAGAAAAGGGCCAGUCUCCCAUCUCUUUAGUAGCAUAUCUAAAAUCAGGCUUUUAUACUCGGCGCGCCUUCUCUCAUCCGAUGGGAUCAGAACUGCUGUUACUGAGAACAAUCAUAAGGACAAAGCUAGAGUACUGGCUGAAAGAUACUCUCUUGAUGGAGCGAAAGUGAAAAUUGAUCCCUUUUUACAAGACCUUGUCAAAACAGGACUCAAGCUUGAGAAUGAUCCAAGACUACUCAAGUAUCACAAGAUGAAUGGUGUUGAGGAGUUACAUAUAAAUGAAUUCAUCAGUGCUGUACAAGAUGAUGCAGAUUUCCUACAGAGGGCUGUAGAAGGAAAGUUGGUUGUGGAGGAUUUCGAUUAUGUUAAAAGCACAAUAGACAACAUUUAUAACGAGUGCUCUGAAAUUAAAGGAGGAAAAAAUGCUUCCUAUAUUCCUGAGCUAUCACUUGUUGAUCCUUCUCUAUGGGGGAUAUCACUGUGUACUGUAGAUGGACAAAGGCAUUCUGUUGGUGAUAGCUCCACUUCCUUUACCAUACAAUCUGCUGGAAAGUGCUUCAACUAUGCCAUUGGUUGUGAUGAAAUCGGUAGAGAGAGGGUGCAUCAGUAUAUUGGUAUGGAGCCAAGUGGAGCUCAUUUUAAUAGGAUGGCACUCAAUAAUAAAAGUAAACCUCAUAAUCCUAUGAUUAAUUCUGGAGCACUUGUCCUGUCUUCUCUUAUAAAGCCUCGCCUCUCUCUCCAUGAGAGAAUGGGAUUUUUGUUAAGGAAAUUUGAUGAGCUUGCUGGUUUGCCUCCUCGUUCAAUAAAAAUUGAUACAAUAACGUGUGAUUCUGAGAUGGAGCACUGUGAUAAGAAUAUGGCAUUGAUUUAUUACAUGAAAUCAAAGAAGUCUUUGCCUUCUGAUACCUCAAUAGAUGACACAAUAAAACUAUACACUCGACUUUGUUCUAUUGAGAUUGAUUGCUACAAAGGAGCAGUAAUGGCAGCCACUCUUGCUAAUGGAGGAGUCUGUCCAAUCACUAAUAAACAAGUAGUGACCCCGGCCUCAGUCAGGCACACACUGACAUUGAUGCAUUCCUGUGGUAUGUAUGACUUUUCAGGAGAAUUUGCAUUCAAUGUUGGUCUACCAGCCAAGAGUGGAGUAUCUGGAGUCAUUGUGGUCGUGGUCCCUCACAUAAUGGGCCUCUGCUUAUACAGUCCUCCGGUCAAUGACAAUGGCAACAGUGUCAAAGGACUAGAGUUCUGCAGAAGGUUGUCAAAGGAUUUUCACUUUCAUCUCUAUCAUUCUCAGUUUCAUCAGCAUCAAAAAUUUUAGCAGUCGAUAUUAUAAUCAUAGCAAUAACAAUAAUUAUUUUUAUAUUUGUCACAAAAUGAAAUGAUAUUGUUGUACAUGUAUAAUAAUAAUAAUGAUAAUAAUAAUAAU